AUCAAAAUUCCCACAAACCCUUCCACACUUCCACUUCUCACUGCCCUCCGCUCUCGUCUGUUCAGCCAUGGAAGACGACGAUCAGAAGGUCCUAGAUCUAAUCAAAGAACUGGUCCACCGCUUACUCUACACCUCCCAGCACCCAAUCCCCUCCCCGUCCGCCUCCUCAAACCCUAAUUCCUCCUCCUCCUCCCCCACUACCCAUCAAUAUCAGCAAGCUCUCCGGUAUGCCCUUCGCAUUCUCUCGAGUCGGAUGACCCCAUCAAUUGCCCCCGACGAUGCCGCAAUGGCCGAGUCCAUUAAACGCCGCCUCGCCACCCAAGGUAAAUCCUCCGAAGCCCUUACUUUUACGGAUCUUUACUCCAAGUUUUCAUCCAAAACGGGCCCCGGAAGCGUGAAAAAUAAAUGGGGUGUGCUUUAUUUGCUGAAAACUAUCUCUGAUGAUCGGAAAUUGCUGAAAAAUCAGUCCAUUUCUAGGGUUUCUAAUGGAUUCUUCGACCCCGCCUCGGUCGGCGGAUUGCCGGCAUUGUUUGAUAGUGAGUUGAGCGACAGAGUUAUUGUUGUUAAUGAACAUUACAAGAAUUUGAGUGAUUUGGAUGACAAGCAUUUUUCGCAUAAUUUGGGGGGUUCUAGUGAUAAUUUGAAAAAAUUGAGGGGUUUGAAUAGUUUUGGGAAGGUGGAGAAGAAAUGGGGUGAUAGUGGUUUCAAUGAGAAUUUUGAGAAAUUGAGGGUUUCAGGGGAGGGUUCGAGGGGUUUCAAGGGUAGGGAGAAUGUGGGCAAGGGUUGGAGUGGAGGGGUUUUAAUGGUUUCAAAGGACCCGGAAAAUAUUCGUCAUUUGGCGUAUAAGGAGUUUGCAGCAUUGUUAAGGGAAGAGAAUGAGGUUUCAGAGGAGGCCUUGGUGAGGGAUGUGUUGUAUGCUUGCCAAGGGAUUGAUGGGAACUAUGUGAAGUUUGAUAAGAAAGCUGAUGGUUAUAUGUUGCCCGAGUUAGUGAAGGUCUCAAGAGCAAUUCAUGUUAUGGUUCGGAAGCUUUGUGAGCUUGGAUGGUUGUUUAGGAAAGUGAAGGGUUAUAUUUCAGAAAGUAUGGAGAGGUUUCCAGCUGAGGAUGUAGGGACUGUUGGGCAAGCAUUUUGUGCCGCCUUGCAGGAUGAGCUGUCAGAAUACUAUAAGUUGCUUGCAGUUCUUGAAGGUCAGGCAAUGAACCCGAUUCCACUGGUUUCGGAGAGUGCAACUUCGGGGAAUUAUCUUUCAUUAAGGAGAUUGUCAGUUUGGUUUGCUGAGCCAAUGGUAAAGAUGAGAUUAAUGGCAGUUUUGGUUGAUAGUUGUAAGACUUUGAAAGGUGGGGCUAUGGCGGGGGCAAUUCACAUGCAAGCCCAACAUGGUGAUCCACUUGUGAAACAGUUCAUGAAAAGAUUACUCCGACGGGUGUGUUCCCCUCUUUUUGAAAUGGUUAGGAGUUGGGUUCUAGAAGGAGAGCUUGAAGAUAUUUUUGCUGAAUUCUUUGUUUUAAGUCAACCAGUUAAAGCCGAGUCGCUCUGGAGGGAAGGUUACAGUCUGCAUUCUGCAAUGCUUCCUUCUUUUAUUUCAUCUUCUCUGGCUCAGCGGAUUUUAAGGACGGGGAAGUCAAUUAAUUUCCUUAGAGUUUGUUGUGAGGAUCGUGGUUGGGCUGAUGCAGCAGCAGAAGCUGCUAAUGCUGCUGGGACUACCACAGGGAGAGGUAAUCUUGGUUAUGGUGAAACUGAUGCACUUGAAUCUCUAGUUGCGGAAGCUGCCAAGAGGAUUGAUAAGCAUUUGUUGGAUGUUAUGUACAAUAGAUACAAAUUCAAGGAACAUUGCCUCGCAAUUAAACGCUAUUUGCUCCUUGGGCAGGGUGAUUUUGUACAGUAUCUUAUGGAUAUUGUCGGUCCGGAACUGUCUGAACCUGCUAAUACAAUCAGUUCAUUCAAGCUUGCAGGACUACUGGAAAGUGCAAUCAGGUCAUCUAAUGCACAGUAUGAUGAUCCUGAUGUACUGGACAGGUUGAGGGUUAAGAUGAUGCCACAUAACACUGGGGACAGAGGCUGGGAUGUAUUUUCACUGGAAUAUGAUGCCGGAGUUCCACUAAAUACAGUUUUUACUGAAUCCGUUAUGGCUAGAUAUCUGAGGAUAUUCAACUUUUUAUGGAAGCUGAGGAGAGUAGAGCAUGCUCUUAUUGGUGCUUGGAAAACCAUGAAACCAAACUGUGUUACUUCUCGUUUCCUUGAUAAGCUCCCAAAUGCUGUUAAGUUGCAGUUGGUUCUGACAUCAAGGAGAUGCCAAGUUCUUUGGGAUGAGAUGAAUCAUUUUGUCGCAAAUUUGCAAUAUUACAUCAUGUUUGAGGUCUUGGAAAUUUCAUGGUCCAAUUUCUUGAAAGAGAUGGAGAUAGCGAAAGAUCUUGAUGAUCUACUUCUGGCACAUGAGAAGUAUCUUUGUUCAAUUGUGGAGAAGUCUCUCCUUGGAGAGAGGUCACAAACUCUGAAUACAACUCUUUUUGUUUUGUUUGAUCUAAUAUUGCGGUUCCGCAGUCAUGCAGAUCGAUUAUAUGAAGGUAUUCAUGAGUUGCAAUCGAGAAGCACAGAAACUUCCCUGUCUUCACGUGAUAAAACAAAAUCUCGGGCCAACAAAAAUGACAAAUUAUCUGAACCUGGGUUGUGGCUUGGUGAAGGCAGGAAGGCUCUAACACAGCGUGCUGGAGAGUUCCUUCGAAAUAUUGGGAAGGAUUUAGAUGCAAUUGCAAACGAAUAUACCUCUGUGUUUGACGGGUUCAUUUCUCAAUUGCCGGUGCAGCAACACAUAGACUUGAAGUUCCUCAUGUUCCGACUGGAUUUCACUGAAUUUUAUAGUCAUCUGCAGUCCAAAACUGGCGCAAAGCUACUACCUUAGCACCCCUGUUAAACAACAUUUUACUUUCUAAAGUGUGUAAGAUGUAUGCUUUCUUUAGUAGUUGCACAUCAUGUGUGCUUGUAGAUAGUCUCUUGGCUGUUGUAGAACAGGCCCUACAUUCUGUACAUAAUUAUUUGCUUUCAGAAGGCAUUCUUAAGUUCUUGAGCAGGUGUGUAGCUGCUCUUGGCUGUUGUACUUGAGCUGAAGGUAUUCUGCUCUGACUGUCACCAAUGUAGAACAUAGUGUUCCACGUUUGAUUGUUAUGUUUCAUUUUAGUUUUUCUUCUUUUCAUACGGUCAAUUUUUGAGCUUGUAAGUCUCUGUAACAUAGUUUUCGUUUGGUAUGGUAAUUAGUAAAGGCGCUGGUAGGUUUAUUGCCUUCAUGUUUCCAUGACUUGUUGGUGAUAUAAUGGUUCCUGUAUCGCUUAAUGAAUUUAUUGGUAGCAGUGUGUGGAAC